CGUUUUUUACUUUGAAAACUGAUUGUAAAAACUCUUUAAUUGAGUCCUACAUUGAAGAAAAAACGUAUUUAAAAGGGCGAGGGCUCCAACUUCCUGCAACUGGGAUCCUCCAUCGAGCAGCAGAUCAACGGCAUGUUCAAGGUGAUGGAGGAGUACAACUGGGACAGCUUCGUAGUCAUCACCAGCCUCUACCCAGGCUACGAAACCUACGUGGAUUAUGUUAAAUCUUUCACCGACACCAGCUACUUCACAUGGGACCUGCAGGACGUGCUUACCUUCGACAUGUCUGCUGAUGGCAUGAACGACCUACGUGCAGGAAGGCUGUUGCAACAGAUCGACGCCCAGGUGCUGUUGGUGUACUGCUCCCAUGAAGAGGCUCAGUACCUGUUCAGCAUGGCGGCAGAGGCCGGACUGGUUGGGCCGGGUUAUAUCUGGAUUAUCCCCAGCCUGUCAAUGGGGAACCCAGACAUGCCCCCGCCUGAAAGCUUCCCUGUGGGGCUCAUCAGCAUCAUCACAGACCGGUGGAGGAUGAGCCUGAGGAAGAGGGUGCGGGACGGUGUGGCUAUCGUGGUGAAGGGCGUGCAGAGCUUUCAGACACAGAGGGGCUUCGUUCCCGAGGGCCAAAGUGACUGUCACAACCCGGUCAAGCCAUCUGAUAGUAAUGACACUCUGUUCAGGCACAUGUUGAAUGUAACCUGGGAACACAAUGACUUCUCCUUCAACAAUAACGGUUACCUAGUGAAUCCAGCCAUGACAAUUAUCACUUUGGACAGAGAGAGACAGUGGGACAAGGUGAGCCUUUCACAAUAUGCAGACAUUUCAUACAUCACUGGUCUGUUUGCAAAGACCAUUCAGAAGAGUCAGAGCACCAUUGAUACCCAUUAA